AUGGCUGAACGUGGAGGCGGAGAUCGUGGCGGCUUCGGUCGCGGCUUCGGGGGUCGCGGUCGCGGCGACAGGGGCCGUGGCGGACGCCACAGGGCCCCGGGACGCCGCGACGAGGAGGAGAAGUGGGUACCAGUGACGAAACUCGGACGCCUCGUGAAGGAGGGUAAAAUCCGGAGCCUGGAGCAGAUCUACCUGCACUCGCUCCCAAUCAAGGAGUACCAAAUCAUAGACACCCUUGUUGGUCCCACUCUCAAAGACGAGGUCAUGAAGAUCAUGCCCGUCCAGAAACAGACACGCGCCGGGCAGCGCACGCGCUUCAAGGCCUUCGUCGUUGUCGGCGACGGUAACGGCCACGUCGGCCUCGGCGUCAAGUGCAGCAAGGAAGUUGCCACCGCUAUUCGCGGCGCCAUUAUCUUGGCCAAACUUUCCGUUAUUCCCAUCAGGAGGGGGUAUUGGGGGAACAAGAUUGGAAAGCCUCACACUGUUCCCUGUAAAGUCACCGGAAAGUGCGGUUCCGUCACCGUUCGCAUGGUCCCUGCUCCUCGUGGGUCCGGAAUUGUCGCUGCUAGGGUUCCCAAAAAGGUCUUGCAGUUCGCCGGAAUCGAUGAUGUUUUCACCUCCUCCAGAGGUUCAACCAAAACUCUCGGAAAUUUCGUCAAGGCCACUUUUGAUUGUCUGAUGAAAACCUACGGGUUCCUAACACCAGAAUUCUGGAAAGAGACCCGCUUCUCCAAAUCACCAUUCCAAGAGUACACAGAUCUAUUGGCAAAGCCAACUGGAAAGGCCAUCAUCCUUGAGGAGGAUAGAGUUGAGGCUUGA